AUGACCAUCGGAUGUGAGACGGGCAAACUAAGCCAAUACCAAUCGCUCGACCGAUAUAUUGAUGAAGCGCAAAAUCUAUACCACUGCAUACACGCGCGGUCACUACAAGUACGGGAAGAUGAAUGCGACGACAAGAUGAACCAAAUGGAAAAUGAGAAAUCAAUUGCACACGAUAGAGGUUUGCGGACUUCUGGUUGUGUGCGACAGUUCAGCUACGAUUCCGACAAUUUUCUUGACUUGUUGCUAUACUAAGAUGCGUUCUACUGUUGUGAAGAGUUAAUUUAGAAACUACAAGAUCUGGUGUGCUGUUGUGAUUUCUCC